CCUUCAGUUUGGUCUACGAGUUUGCUUAUUAUUCAGAAGAAGCAAGAAAAAAGAUUGUAUUCAGGCAAAAGUUUGAAUCUUUAUUCAAGCUUGCUGUGAAUUGGGUGAUUGGGCAAUCUGGGUCUCUUGUUGAUAAUCUGUUUAAGGAUUUGGAAUAGUUUGAUUCUUGAUUUCAGAGACUUAGGAAUGGCGUGGAGAGAGCUUAGCAGAAAGGGCAUAUGUGCCAGUGUAAAUACUGAUUUGACUUCAAGACUACGAAGAUGUGCAGCGGGAUUCACUUCUGUAUCUAAUGUUGAUGAUGUAGUAAGAUCAGUUUCGUGCACGCCAGAGCCCUCAUUUAAAUUUAAGUCACGAAAGCUUGGUUAUGGUGAUACAGUGAUACAAGACUCCCAAAAACGAUUCUAUCAUGGGCAAAAAGGGGAUGACCAGUCAUUCGGUUUAAAACCUCCCAAGAGAGAAAAGUUUGUAAAGAGGGACAAUAAGUCCCAGCCUCCUGUUGAUGCUCCAUAUGUGCCUCCCAAACCACAAAGAACUACCAAGGCCAUGCUAGAUAAGACAAUUGAGAUUUUUGAAGGUAUGACAAUUGAUGAACUUGCCAAGCGCACUGGAAAGCCGACAUCUACUCUGCAAACCAUUCUUACAAAUGUUGGAGAAAAGGCUGACUCAGAGUUUGAUACUCUCAGCAUCGACAUUGCAGAGCUGGUUGCAAUGGAAGUUGGGGUCAAUGUGAGGAGGCUGCACUCCAAUGAAGGUACAGAAAUUCUACCUCGACCUCCAGUUGUAACAGUCAUGGGACAUGUUGAUCAUGGGAAAACUUCACUUUUGGAUGCUCUACGUCAGACAUCUGUGGCUGCCAAAGAAGCAGGAGGCAUUACUCAGCAUGUUGGUGCUUUUGUUGUUGCCAUGCCAUCUGGAGCAUCAAUUACAUUUCUCGACACCCCUGGUCAUGCAGCUUUUAGUGCUAUGCGAGCUAGAGGGGCUGCUGUCACGGAUAUAGUUGUGCUCGUUGUAGCUGCAGAUGAUGGGGUGAUGCCUCAGACUCUUGAAGCCAUGGCCCAUGCUAAGGCAGCUAACGUACCAAUUGUUGUUGCAAUUAAUAAAUGUGAUAAACCAGCUGCUAAUGCAGAAAAAGUAAGAAUCCAGCUUGCGUCAGAGGGCUUGCUGCUAGAGGAUAUGGGUGGGGAUGUCCAGGUUGUUGAGGUUUCAGCUAUGACGAAGAGUGGAUUAGAUAACUUGGAGGAGGCUUUGCUUCUCCAGGCUGAGAUGAUGGAUCUGAAAGUUCGCGUUGAUGGACCAGCUCAAGCGUAUGUGGUGGAGGCAAGACUUGAUAGGGGAAAGGGUCCAUUGGUUACUGCAAUAGUGAAAGCAGGUACUUUAGUUUGCGGGAAAUAUGUGGUUGUGGGCUCUGAGUGGGGUAAAAUCAGGGCUAUUAGGGACAUGGCAGGGAAAUUGACAGAGCGGGCAACACCUGCAAUGCCAGUUGAGAUUGAAGGCCUGAAAGGACUUCCAAGGGCUGGAGAUGAUAUCAUUGUUGUGGAAUCUGAGGAGCGAGCUAGAAUGCUUAGUGCAGGGAGGAAAAGGAAAUUCGAGAAAGAUAGGCUAUUGAAAGUUGUUGAUGGGAGGGUAGACGAUUCAGAAAUAGAACCAUCAGAUGAGGCACCCAAGCGGGUUGAAUUGCCUAUAAUAGUAAAAGGGGAUGUGCAGGGUACUGUCCAAGCUGUUACAGAUGCAUUAGGGAGUUUAAAUAGUCCUCAGGUUUUUGUGAAUGUAGUUCAUGUUGGUGUUGGGCCUCUGUCUCAGUCUGAUGUGGACUUGGCACAAGCCUGUGGUGCAUGUAUUAUUGGAUUUAACAUCAAGCCCCCACCCAGUUCAAUCAGUUUGGCUGCAUCUCGAGCCAAUAUCAAGAUAAUGCAACACCGUGUGAUCUAUCGUCUUCUGGAGGACAUUGGGAACUUUAUAGUUGAGAAGGCCCCUGGGACUACUGAGACCAAGGUUGCUGGGGAAGCUGAGGUUCUAAGUAUUUUUGAACUUAAAGGAAGGAGCAAGUCUAAGGGACCUGAUGUGAAGAUUGCCGGAUGCCGGGUGGUUGAUGGUUUUGUCACCAAAUCAGCAACCUUGAGGCUUCUUAGGAGUGGAGAAGUUGUAUUUGAGGGAUCAUGUGAAUCUCUCAAGCGGGAGAAACAGGAUGUGGACACGGUAAAGAAGGGGAGUGAGUGUGGACUGGUGAUCCAAAAUUGCUAUGAUUUUCAGGUCGGUGACAUGGUUCAGUGCUUGCAGCAAGUUGUAAGGAAGCCCAAAUUCAUUUCAUCUGAGAGUGGUGCUGUUCGAAUAGAGUGUUGAUCCGUCGAUCACUUUCUCAAUAGUAAUAUGCUGAAGUAUACGACCUAAAAUUUUGAUUGUUUGCUUGGCAUCUCAAUAACUAGAUGAUGUUCUUGUACCGUUAGUCCAUAAAGCUUUGGGUUCAUAUGGAGAGUUCAAUUGGUCAUCCAACUGCAUUCUUGAGCAGCUUUAGUUCCCUUGUUUUAUAUAGGCACCAAUUUUGGGAGAUAUAAGUGGAUUCAUCUGCUUAGAAACAUCAUACUAAUCAUCUGUUGUACCAUAGAGAAACUGCUGAUUAUUAAUGCAACUAGGGUCGUGGAAUGAUGGAAAUAUGUGCCCUCUUUUUGUACGAUUUCCUAUCAGAAGCAUUUCAUUGGUGGUCUAGCUCUCGUAAAAGUAGAUUUCAGAUCAGCAGCAACACCACUCUGUAAAGUAGACAUCAAGUUUUAACUAACACCGCCCCAUCUGCUUAUAAACAAGUGAGCAACACGAGUUAGAUAGCCACAUGAUGGUACCCACUCUGCAGCUUUUCUACUGGGGAUUGAGGAAUGUCACAACAAACAAAGAAGACAAAGUGAUGGGAUCUGUGUCUUGUUUCUCCAAGUAUUAUACACUUUCUGGGUGUGUAUGAGGUUGAAUAUGAACAGUGUAUGGUCAUGGUCUUGGGUUCCAACGAAGUGAAGAAGGGUAGGUGUCAUGUAUAUAUUAGGAGCUAUAAAAAGGUCAGGAGAGUGCAUAUUAGCUGGCAUGGAAGAUUUGGCUUAAUGGGAAUUCAUGAAUGCAUCUCAUAUAAUCUGUCAUGCUUUGUUAAAUACCCUCACAAUCAUACGUCGAGGACUCUGGGAGCUACAAGCACUCUGAUUAGUACUCUGUGAACUCCAUGCAAAGUACGUAAAGCUUCUCAAACCUUUUCUAUUUUGCUUCCACAACAAUUUCCGAAGUUCUAUAGUAUUCUGAAGUGUCAUACUUUUUCAUUUUCUUGUCACACUGUUACGUACCGAUUACUUUUUCUAUAACCUGCAUGCAGCAAUUUUCAGUGAAUUUGAUUUCUAGUUUAAUCAAUCUAGUAUCAUGUUGAUUGUAUGCAUUCACUACUUGUUUGUGGCUCGUUUGACAAUCAACUGAGCAAGUCCCUUAAACUCGAGAACUAUCUUGAUCUUACCAGUCACCAUCCCUCCAGUAGCUUUGUAGGGUUACGUCAGUACCACAACAAGAGUUCGACACUGAUCACCAUGCUCUUUGGUGCCUCAAAAGAACUAUUAGCAUCUAGAAUCUUUGUUCUGACUGUUAGGUGUGUUCAGUAGGACUAUCUGAUAUCUUGUUGGGAAGAGAACAAAAUAGACUUAUAGACAUGAGUUUAGUGGUUGUUUUUCUUCUGGCAAAUAGACAUUUCUGAUGUGACAUUGAAUCAUCUUUUAAUUCAAUCUGUAUGGUAUUGAAAUUGAGCUACUAGAUCUCUGAUGGUAAUGGAUUUUUUAAUUCAAGUGAGCUCUUCGACAUGUGCUAUAGGAGUGUACAUCUUUUCUAUUUAUCACAAUUUUAGGAUCUCGAUUCAUUUUGUUUCCCAAAGAGCUUACUUGCUCUCCUG